UAUAUAUGUAUAUACAUACAUGCGUACUAAGUUUUUUUUAUUGAUAUUCAUUAGACGGUGAAUUAAGAAUUUAAAAGACGUUAAUAAUAAGAAAUAACACAUUUUAAUUUUAAUAAACCAAUUGAUAGUUUUACUGAACAUGAGCGUAACUUUACACACUGACGUCGGAGAUAUAAAGAUAGAAUUAUUUUGUGAAUUAUGUCCAAAAACAUGCGAGAAUUUUCUUGCUUUGUGUGCUAGUAAUUAUUACAACAAUUGUUUAUUUCAUCGAAAUAUAAAAGGAUUUAUUGUGCAAACUGGGGAUCCUUCGCAAAGUGGUAAAGGUGGAACAUCAAUAUGGAAUCGUAAAUUUGAAGAUGAGUUUAAGGAAGAAUUAAAACAUAAUGCUAGAGGUCUUGUGUCCAUGGCUAAUAAUGGUCCAAAUACAAAUGGAAGUCAAUUUUUUAUAACAUACGGACCUCAACCACAUUUAGAUUUGAAGUAUACAUUAUUUGGAAAGGUAAUAGAUGGUUUAGAAACUCUUGAACAGCUGGAAAAAUUACCUGUAAAUGUUAAAAAUUACAAACCGCUUACAGAAACUCGUAUAAACAAUGUAACUAUACAUGUAAAUCCUUUGGCAGGAUAGAUUGAAAUAAAUUAAAAUUAUAUAAGAA